AUAUUUGCGCGUGCUUGCUGCGCAGCGGCUGGAGAACCCGGGCGCGUGGUGUGCUACUUCAGCAACUGGGCCAUCUACCGGCCGGGCAUCGGCCGCUACGCCAUCGACGACGUCCCCGCGGAGCUGUGCACGCACCUCAUCUACAGCUUCGUCGGCGUCAGCAACGUCACCUGGGAGAUCCUCGUCAUCGAUCCCGAAAACGACAUCGAGGAGAGCGGCUUCGCCAACUUUACGGCGCUGAAGCACAAGCACCCGGGGCUGAAGACGCAGCUGGCCAUCGGCGGCUGGGGCGAAGGCGGGCGCAAGUACUCGCAGAUGGUGGGCGUGCCCGCGCGCAGGUGCUCGCUCAUCAAGUCAAUCGUCGAAUACAUGCACCGGUACAACUUCGACGGCUUCGACCUGGACUGGGAGUACCCGGGCGCGGCGGACCGCGGCGGCAGCUUCUCCGACAAGAACAACUUCUUCUUCUUCGUGGACGAGCUGCGGCGCGCGUUCGACGCGGCGGGCAAGGGCUGGGAGAUCACGAUGGCGGUGCCGCUGGCCAAGUUCCGCCUGCAAGAGGGCUACCACGUACCCGAGCUGUGCGAGCGCAUCGACGCCAUCCACGUGAUGGCGUACGACCUGCGCGGCAACUGGGCCGGCUUCGCAGACACGCACUCGCCGCUCUACAAGCGCCCGCACGACCAGUGGGCCUACGAGAAGCUCAACGUGCUGACGGCUCCCGCCGCGCCGGCCGCCGCCUCCCGGCGGCUGGUGCUGUGGGCGGGGCGCCUGGGUGGUGUGGUUGGUGGCCGUUGGUGCCGGCGCCGGGUGGGUGGUGGAGGAACGCAGUGGGUGGGCUACGAAAACACCACCAGCCUGCAGAUCAAGCUGGACUGGAUCAAGAGCAAGGGCUACGCGGGGGUGAUGACGUGGGCCGUGGACAUGGAUGACUUCCGCGGCCUCUGCGGGCCCAAGGACUCCCUCAUGAAGGUGCUGGCCAACGGCAUGCGCGGGUACGUGACGCCCGCCAACAAGUACGAGACGACGCCGCGCCCGCAGUGGGACAAGCCCCCCAAUCCGCCUCAGAUGAACUGCGCCUCCGUGCCCCCGCCCGACCCCAUCGGCACCACCACCACGCGCCGCCCCGCCACCACCUCCACCACCCACCCGGCGCCGGCACCAACGGCCACCAACCACACCACCCAGGCGCCCCGCCCACAGCACCAGCCGCCGGGAGGCGGCGGCCGGCGCGGCGGGAGCCGUCAGCUGCAGCGGAAGGAAGGCCGCCUUCGUCCCGCAUCAACCAGACUGCUCCAAUACUAUCAGUGCUCGUACGGGAAGCCGACCGAGGAGCAGUGCCUGCCGGGCACCGUGUUCAACCCCACGCUCAACAUCUGCGACUGGCCGGAGAACGUGGAGCGGCCCGAGUGCCAGUAG